AAUUUACUAAAAUUUAUUACAAAUGGAUUUAACAAGAAGUUCAUUAUUAAUUAUCAGUUUAUUUAUCCAGAUUGUAUAUGUUAAAUCACAAUCAAAUUGUACUCUUAACAAUCUUAUCGAGUGUUGCAGUAGUGAAGGUGGAAAACAAGCACUAACUUUUAUUCAAAGUCAACCUGUUGGAAUUAAUACUGAACAAGUCGUAAAAUACUAUACGGAUUUGUGCAAUUUUCGUACGUUGUAUGAACAGGCAUCAUUUAUUAAGGCACAAUAUGAUAAAUUAUCAACUGCUGAUUUAACUACUAUGUUUACUACACCUAAACCUACACAAAAAUCUACUAUUACACCUAGAACUACACAGGAACCUACCAUAAGUACACAGAAACCUACUGCAACUAGAACUACACAGGAACCUACCAUAAGUACACAGAAACCUACUGCAACUAGAACUACACAGGAACCUACCAUAAGUACACAGAAACCUACUGCAGCUAAAACUACAGAGAAAUCUACUAUUAAUAUACUUCGAAGUACAGAAAAAUAUACUGCACAAAUAAUAAACAAAACUAAAGCCCCAUAAGUGUUUGAAUGUUCGCUGGGAAUAAAUUUGGACAAUGUCAGUAGUAAAGCAAAACAAACAAAAAAAUAACCCAGUUCAUAUCUGUAGCAAUGUAGACAAUUAACUAGUAAAUACAAAUAUAUAAAUUACA